AUGGAGCUUGAAUUUGUAAAGCCCUCAUCAAUGAAUGGGGAAAUCUUUGUUCAACCACUAGCUAAUGCAAAAACUGAAGGACUCCUUGAAUGCAAAGCCACUCUAAUUAGUUAUUUUCUCCAUAAAAAACUAUCCUACAAUACGGUUUGCAGAAUUGCUAAAAAACUCUGGUCAUCUAAGGGCCUCAUUGACACCAUUGCAACAGACACUGGAUUCUUUAUUUUCAAAUUUAAAAGUGAAUCUGAUUGCAAGCUUGUUCUUGAUGAAGGGCCUUGGACCUUCUCCAACAAACCCUUCAUACUUAAGCAAUGGCACUUAAACAUGCAGUUUGUUGCCAAACCUUAUACUAGUAUUCCACUUUGGGUUAAGUUCUACAACAUUCCUCUUGAAUACUGGAAUAGUAAAGGGUUUAGUAGUGUUGCCAGUGCAAUUGGCAUUCCCCUCUUUGCUGAUGAGAUUACCAAAUCCAAAAGGAGACUUUCAUAUGCCAGAAUUUGCAUUGAGGUCUCCUUAUCUCAAGACCUUUUUGACUCAUUUAAGCUUAGACUUGAUGAUGAUUCUUUUAUCACCAUCAAUGAUGUAUACCAAUGGAAAACUCCUGCAUGCACUUCAUGCAUGGAGUUUGGACACUCUGGGAUCUAA